CUGGGCUUGUAGUAAGGAGGGAGCAGGCCACCUAUAUAUGGUGUAGAUUCAAAUUCAGGAGGGGGAUUGUGUGCUUGAUGGAUACGGGAGUGGUUGGUACCCUGGGGGCUGCAUGCAUGAUCCGGGCCUGUCCCGUGCUGUUGGAUGUUGAAGGGGAGGUGGAGGUGGUGUUGGACAUGGAAGAUAUGGGGGGAGUGUAGGGGAGCGGUGUGUUUCCAUAACAGGUCCUCUUGCCGACACCUUCCGUUUGAGACCUGCUUGGAGGCAAUCAGGGAUUUCGCAUUUGUUGCCUCGUCUUAUCCGCUGAUCCUGGCGUUGGAAAUGCAUUUCAGCGAGGACGUGCAAAGCAAAGUUGUGGAGCUCAUGAAUGAGAUUCUGGGGUAUUUAUUGUACAAGCCGUCGUUGAUCGACCGUCCGGGAACCUGGAAUUAUGGGCAGCUUUCGCCGGAGUACCUCGAAGGCAGGAUCUUGGUUUCCACGAAGCUCCCGCCUGAGUUCUAUGAAAGACAAGUAGUACGGCAGGAGGGGCCGGGUCGUGGUGGUUGUCAAACCACUGAAAACUGUCAAAUGGAUCAGGGGGGACAUUCUACCGCUAGGGAGGGUGACUUGUCUCUUUGUCAUAAUCCGAGAAGUGGGGAGCAAUUACAACCAUCGGCGUCGAACUUACGGAAUGGGAUAACCUUGCUGGGGUCCAAGAACUGUGUAUCACAGCAGAGAGUCGAUACAGCGAGGGGUGACGACGAGAGUGAUGAAUUUGUGAUUACAAAGGGUAAAGGCAGUGGGCAGUCAGGGCGGCUACCCGGUCGUGGCUACAGCGAGUGGGGUAGAGAGAUCCCUGACUUCAACGCGUCGGGAUUGAUGUCGAAGAGCUUCCGGUCUGGACACAUGAUGCCACUCAACCUUGAGAACUUAUGGGAGUGUGAGAUCGAGGAAGUGAAUGAAGCGGAGGAUCCGAAAUUCAAAUCAGCGCAUCUGCGACAACUUAUACUGCUUUAUGCUGCUCGCUUGAGUCGCGAGAGGCUUAGUGCUGGCUGUCCCGCGGAUGCAGUCAACAAGAUCUUCAGCGUUUCCGAGCCGCAAAUGAUGAUGAUGAAGGAUCAAAUGCCCAUGGACAUCAUUAGUUUUACUCAGAAGCAUCUUGUGAGGGUUUACCCACUGGACUACGGUUUCGAUAAUUACAAUCCAUUCAUUGCGUGGUCGGUUGGGGCUCAGCUCGCAUCAUUCAAUAUGCAAGAUUGGGGUCGUCCUUUGUGGGUUUUGUCAGGUCUCUUUCAAGCAAAUGGAGGUUGCGGCUACGUCAAGAAGCCCGGCAUACUGUUGAGGAGGAGGCAAGUCUUAUUACCUAAUAAUGACAGAGAGGUGCACCUCUGCGACAUGGGAUCAGAUGUCAGAGCAGAGGACCGCGUGCACGAUUGGUAUCCCGGUGCUGUAGAUUGCCUGCAAAAUGGAUCUGUCAUAGAUCCAUCGUCAGCUUUGGUACACAGAACAAACAACGGCUACGUUUCCAGUGGAACAGUUGAAUUGCCAUUCUCUUCAUCAAUGUCUGUGAAGUUGACGCUGCAGGUCAUAAUCCUCUCGGUAUUUGGGUGCAUGAAGAUCAUUCGUAAACGAAACAAUGGCCGAUCGGCAGGAGGUGUACCUAUAUUCUCCAUGCAUGUUGGCAUUUCUGGAGUUGUGUCAGAUUCGGUCAUGAAACGCACAGACGAAGUGGAUGCGUCCAGCAUGCACAAGUGGGAAUCCAGUACCUUCUCGUUCCCCUUGACAGUCCCCGAGCUAGCGGUUUUUCGGAUGGAACUACAUUAUCGAACAGACUCCUCCAGCGACCGAUUUGCCGGUCAGAAUUCAUUUCCGGUGUCGGAGCUGCGAAAUGGAUAUCGGGCGACCACCCUGUUGAAUGAAAACCUGACACCGAUCAACCAUGUCCAAACCUUGUUGAUAGCCCAACUCCUCCCCUCAUCUGAGCCAGCAGUUGCGCGAGCUUUUUCGUCGGCGUCGGCGUCGGCGUUGGCGCUCGCAUCGGCGUCGGCGUCGGCAACUGCACCGGCGCUUGCGUCAGCAUCUGGGGCAUCAUCGUCUCAGACGGCGUCUCCACUGGGAACUACAUCACUCGUUGUUGGACCAACCCAACCCUCACCAACAAUGGCAACCGCAUCGGCGGUGGUGUCGGGGUCAGCGUCGACGUCGGAAAUUGUGGCCCCUGUUAUGCCAGCCCAACUAUCGAUUCCCCCGCCUUCCUCCGAGCUGCCCCCCGGGCAGGAGGAUAUACCAUCAUUGAUAUAACAGAAGGUAGGAGGAGGUAGGAGGAGGAUUGAACUGUAAAUCUGAGUUGUUGAUUGUCCGAGACCUUGCUCAACCGUCGCUGAUCGCAAUUGAAAAGCGUUAUUGGUAUUUUGCUUAUCCUUGUCAACGCUGUGCCCCAGUUGAUAUACCCGUCUGGACGAAGUGGGCAUCAAUCCUGACGAGUCGGUGAAACUCCGACGAAACAGUUUGUCACAGCCCCUCGUUUGUUGUCYUCUUCUCYCUCUCUGCCUACGGUUUACCGGGCAGUUCUGUUUGUGACGAUAUAUAUAUAUACAUAUAUAUCAUCGAGCAGGAGAGAGCGAGAGAGAGUGAGAGAGAGAGAGAGAGAGAGAGAGAGAGAGAGAGAGAGAGAGAGAGAGAGAGAGAGAGAGAGAGGGGGGGGGGGGGGGGGUAACGACGAGAAAUAGAUGUAUUUGCGUGCGUAGGAUGCAGGGCAGGACAUGAUGGGGUAAUAGGAAAAAGGUGCUGAUGAGUUUUCCACAGCACUUACGAAGUUUUGUGUCCGCUCCGCUUUUGAAACUUAAAGGGGAUUUAUAAGUAUGUAGUAGGCAGUUGGCUGCCGUAUUAGCCCCAUAAUAUGGUGAUUAUUCGAUUUGUCAAAUAAGUCCAUUUGAUUCAGAAUGUCGAGUCUUACUGUGUUACGAUCACUUUAUUUCGGUAGGGACGGAAGAGGAGGUCGCUGGCUAGUCAAGCACACAAUUGAUUGCCCUUUUUGCGGUGGCAGCGAAUGUUUCAAAUCAUCUGCACAAUUCUGCAGCUUGUAACAAGCGACUUCCGUCCAUGGAUGCGUAGGCGCAAGAGCCCAUGGCCGCAAUCAAUUUCCGCCUCGUGAUUGCGCAGAGAGCCUCAGAUGGUGCCGCUUGCUCACCUGGGUUCCGUUCGAACAAUUGAUUUUCCUUGUGGGGGGUUGUUGAUUUGUGGUAGCGGUGAAUCUUCGUGUCGUCUGUAGCCCGUAAUAUGCGACUUCAGUCCGUGGAUGCAUAGGCGCAAGCAGAGCCUGUGAGCUCAACCAAACUUCCGCCUCGUGAUUGCGCAGAGCGUCAUAGGGCGCUGCUUGCCCACGCGAGUUCACCGCAGUGUGUACGCAUUAUUUUUACAACUUACGGUAAUUUACGGUAAGUUACGGUCAUGGGUGAGAGUGGAGGAAUUGCAAAGAGGUUCUUUUAUGUACUUGCGGUAAGUUACGGUAAGUUACGGUAAGUUACGGUAAGUUACCAUUCUAUAUUUAUGGUAAUUUAUGGUAAGUUACGGUAAUUUACGGUAAGUUACGGUAAGUUACGGUAAUUUACGGUAAGUUACGGUCAGUUACCAUUCUAUAUUUACUAUUUACUAUUUAGUAUUAGGCAACUUACCGCUGAGCGCUGAGCGCCGAGUGCUGAGAGUGUUCACUCUGACCAAGCGUGUUGUGCCAUCUUAAUUUGUUUAUAACUUUAUAGAACGUCGCAAGUACGCGGGGUAUUGUUAGCGACGUAGGGGGUGCCAUAUUAAUUUGUUUAUAACUUCAUAGAACGUCGCAAGUACGCGGGGUAUUGUUAGCGAUGUAGGGGGUACUCACACGAGGACCCUCCUGGAUGCAUCCUGGAUGCAUCUGACCACGUUUACACCCGGUUCUGGACGCACCUGACCGCCAUUCCGUCCGAAGAGAAGUUGGAAAUGUCGGAGUGUGACUAUGCCCUUCGCAUGCAUCCGUGUCUUUUCGUUUUCCUUCUCUCUUUUCUCCUUUUGAAAAGGGGGUGGCUGUUCAUUGGAGGUAUCAUGCCACGUAAUAAGAUUUGUCGCGGUAUCAAAUCAAUUGUCUCUGGCUGC